AUGGAUAUAAUUAUCCGUGGCAUGGCCCACGACCGUAACCGUUCCUCCACACCCCGACUUCCUUUAAUACAAAGCUUCACCACCGUCGACCUUCAAUGCUAUUUGGGCAUCCGGUUUCUGGUGCAGUCUCCCAGCAGCAUGUCUUCUCAUUCGCGCUCAUCUAGCUCAUCCGUGAGCCCCUCGUCGUCUCUGUCUUCGUACUUCUCCCACGAUAGCUCUUCCUACAACUCCUCCCUUGAGUCAUCAUCCUUCACACUGAGUCGGUCCUUCGACAAGCUGAGUCGGUCAGAUCAGGAGCUCAUGACGCAGUGGUGCAGCUCCACCUACCGCUUAUUCUGUUCCAGGAACACUGUGCAACAGUUCUGGCAAACUGUGGUGCCCCAUGAGUCCUUGCAGCAUUUGUAUCUGAAGCAUGCUAUGUUCGCUUUAACCUCCCUACAUCUUGCAGUGCUGGCUGGCAGCGGGAAGAGGCGACAGAGAUAUCGAAAGAGUGCGAAGGCGCAGCGGUCUCAGGCCGUGACUUCUCUCCAGCGUACCAUCAAGACCAUCGACACCUCUAACAAUGUCGCUGUGUUUGCCUUCAACUCCAUCAUGAUGAUCUUUGAAUUUGCGUAUCACCUCGUGAAACCCUUCUAUGACGAGGAUGUUUUGGAUGACCUCUGCAAGAACUUUCUCCUCACUCGUAACUGGAUCACCGGGGUUAAGCGUGGUCUGGCAUCAGAUGCAGACAGCCGAUUGAGGCCACUGAUCGAGAGUAUUGAAGUGCAUCCCAAAAUGCCCGAUAUGUCUCGACUCGCUGUUCUGAUGUUGCGGAGACAGAAUGCCGCUCUAGGCGGGUCGGAACCCCAGCAUGAGACGGCCAUCUACGAGGAGACUAUCAGGCAUCUGGGAGAUUCGCUGGAAAACCUUUCCAGGGGCGGCGAGGCCAUGGCCGUCGCUUUUCGGUGGAUUUACCGAAUCCCUGUCCAAUUCCUGGACCUGGUGGAGGAGCGUCAGCCAUUUGCGUUGGUUAUCCUCGCGCAUUACACGGUCAUCAUGUACAACUUGAGGGACCACUGGUGGAUGGGAGAUUGGGGGGAGAGAGUCCUUCGUGUAAUCUGCCAACACCUGAAUCCGCAGUGGAUGCAGUGGAUUACAUGGGUCAUUGAUGCGACGGGAUUCUGUGCUUCAGAGCUGUGA